AAAGUGAAUUUAUGAUGAAUUGCUAACAUUAAUUGUUCAUAGUCCUCUCUCUCUCUCUCUCUGCUCCAUCAUCUCUUCAGUCUGUGUUGUUCCUUUCUUCUGUCUAGUUUGUUGGGUUGUGUUAAGCCAGAUUCAAAUUUCAACUUGGAAUCUCUGAUUUGUCCUCUUCUUCUUUUUUCUCCCCUUUGGGUCUCUAUUUCUGUGCCUUAUCUUUCUGUUUGUUUGACUUUGUGUGGUGUGUGAUGGGGGUGUGAAGUUGAUGUUAAAAGUCUCACCUUUCGAUCCAUUGAUGGUUUGUUCUGUCCUUUGGACUGAAAUCUGAAAAUGUGUGUUCAUUGUUAGGCAUUGAGGGGCUGAUCAUUGAUUUGAUUUGGCGGAGAAAGAAGAUGAAUUGUUGUGGGGCUCCUGGCUCCGUUCUUGCACUGGUUCUUAGGAUGACACAGUUCACUUUUGCUGCUGGGUCAAUUGCUUCCAUGGCCACCACAUCCAGAUUCUUUAAUUUGACUGCCUUUUGUUACUUGAUAGCUUCAAUGGGAUUACAAAUCAUUUGGAGUUUUUUGCUAGCUUUAUUGGAUUUGUUUUCUUUGGUGAGAAAACAGUCUCUUCUCAGUCCAGUACUAAUCAGCCUCUUUGUAGUUGGAGAUUGGGUGACAGCAACACUGUCUCUAGCAGCAGCUUCUGCCUCAGCUGGCAUAACAGUUUUGUACUUUCAUGAUCUGGGACACUGCCACUUUGGAGAGGAGUGUCAGAAGUACCAGGUUUCUGUGGCACUAGCAUUCCUAAGCUGGUUUUCAACUUCAUUAUCAUCUGUAAUUAUGUUUUGGCUACUAGCUGGCAGAUAAGAUAAAAGUGUUGCUCUUUCUUGAAAAUUUUCCACAAGUUUCUCUCAUCUGAUUGAAAAUUAUCUUUUGAUGCUGUUGAUAGGAGGGAAUCACUUUAGUUCUGCACUCUGAAAUUUAACUGGGGUAGCUUCAGAAUGCAGAUUGUAAAAGGGAGGAAAAAUGUAUAUAUGAUUUUGCCUUGCUAAGAUAUAAACCAGUGUCUACCACAAAGCUUAGAUUCA